CAAAUCUCUCUCUCUCUCUCUCUCUCUCUCACCGUCUUAUAUCCGGUUCAUCGCUCUUAAACCCUAAACCCUCUUUAUACUUUAGCAGUGAAGACUAGAAGGAUCAUGAACUUCAACAACGUUAGAGUUCCCAAGGUGCCAGGUGGUGGCGCCACUUCUGCUUUGCUUAAGGUGGGAGUUUUUGGUGGGCUUGCUGUGUAUGCUGCUGCAAACAGUCUCUACAAUGUCGAGGGUGGGCAUCGAGCCAUUGUGUUCAACCGUUUAGUUGGUGUCAAAGAUCAGGUUUAUGUUGAAGGGACACACCUUAUGAUUCCAUGGUUUGAGAGGCCAAUCAUCUAUGAUGUCCGUGCACGACCCCAUCUAGUGGAGAGUACUUCAGGAAGCCGUGAUCUCCAGAUGGUGAAAAUUGGGCUUCGAGUUCUUACCCGUCCUGUGCCAGAUCAGUUACCUACAAUUUAUCGAACCCUUGGUGAGAAUUAUAAUGAAAGGGUCCUCCCCUCAAUUAUUCAUGAAACUCUGAAAGCUGUGGUCGCACGGUUUAAUGCCAGUCAGCUCAUUACUCAGAGAGAGGCUGUUAGCAGGGACAUACGGGAAGUUUUAGUAUCUCGUGCAGCCAAAUUCAAUAUUGCACUCGAUGAUGUGUCAAUCACGAGCUUAACUUUUGGGAGGGAAUUUACAGCUGCCAUUGAAGCCAAACAGGUAGCUGCGCAAGACGCUGAGAGGGCUAAAUUUAUUGUGGAAAAAGCUGAACAAGACAAGAAAAGUGCUAUUAUCAGAGCACAGGGUGAAGCCAAGAGUGCCCAGCUUAUUGGUCAAGCUAUUGCCAAUAAUCCAGCAUUUAUCACUCUAAGGAAGAUUGAAGCUUCGAGAGAAAUUGCACAGACUAUCUCAAAUGCGGCCAACAAAGUUUUCCUGGAAUCAGGUGAUCUGUUGUUGAACCUUAACGAGAUGAAUUUAGAGUCCAACGGUAAGAAAUUGGGAUAGAAUAACACCCCUUUCAUUUUGUUUAACAACUGGUCAGUUGUGUAGAUAUUUCCUCAAAAGGUGAACUGUGGACAAAUUGAAAUGGUUAUUUUGCACUUAAUGGACCAUGCUAAACAAAAACAAAAUAAUUCUGUUGGCUUAUUAUAUUACUGACAGGGGAUAGCCACAUCUCCCGUGGAAUCUUUGGGAAUUGUUUUGCUUGAGAAAUGGAUAUUUUAUGUUGCAUAUUGCAUA